CUCCAAGCUACUUUCCCCCCCUGUCUCUCUCUCUUCUGCAAAUUAUUGGUCACUGGGAUCGGACUGGGAUCACUGGAGCGUUUUUUUUUUUGCCGGCAACCCAAAACAACCUUCUUCACUCUUCAAAUCCUCCCUUACAAAUAAAAAAAAAAAAAUGAUGGAGGAGCUACCGGGGACCACACCUAGCCUCUCUCGGACUGGAAAUGUGGACUGCGAUUUCUGCACUGGUCAGAAAUCCAAAGCGGCCAAGUCCUGCCUGACCUGCCUAGCUUCAUUCUGUGAGACUCACGUCCAGCUUCACUUCGAGGGGGGAGCUUGGCAACAUCACGAGUUGGUGAACCCAGUGGGAGAUCUGCGCCAGAAGCUGUGCGCUAAACACCAGAAAUGCGUGGAAGUGUUCUGCAGGACGGAUCGCGUGUGCAUCUGUUAUUUGUGCGCUGCGACUGACCAUAAAAAUCACGUUACAGUUGAGCUAGAGCUGGAGCGGAGUGAGCAACAGAAGCUGCUUGACGAAUCACUACUAGAAAUCAAGAAGGAGACCGUGGAAAGACAGAAGGAGCUGGAGGCGAUGGAAUGUUCUAAACGCCUCAUUAAGAAGUCAGCAGAGAGAGAUAUGAAGGAAUGUAAGGAUGCCUUCCAUGCCUUGCUCUGCUCCAUUGAUGAAGUCCACAGGAAAGUCAUGGAGUACAUCAGCGAUCUAGAGAAGCGAGAACUGAGGAGAGCUGAAGAAGCCAUGAAACAACUGGAAAAGGAGAUAGAGGAACUGAAGAGGAGAGAUGCUGAGCUGACUAAGCUUUCCGAGACAGAUGACCACAUCCACUUCCUCCAGGCAUAUUCGGUUUACCAAAUGCAGCCUGAAGAGAAAGACCCACUCCACUUCAUUGCCUAUACAGACUUCUUUUCAAUGAGCAUGAAAAAUGCCAUCCAUAAUGUGAAAGAGCGAAUUGAAAAGAUCUCCCAGCAUGGAAGAGAACAAAAUCCUAUGUCGGCUUCCUUCUUGCCUCAGACAUUUCCACAAACCAGAGAACAGUUUUUAGAAUGCUCCUGCUCGCUUUCCUUGGACCCAAACACAGCAAACAAAUUCCUCUACCUUUCAGAAGGGAACAGAAGGAUGACUCUGGUGCACACUUCUCAGCCAUAUCCAGACCACCCAGAGAGAUUUGACUGGUGGUCCCAAGUCCUCUGCACACAGGGUCUUUUUAGGUCAUGCUUUUACUGGGAGGUGCAAUGGACUGGAAGCAAGGCUGUCAUUGGAGUCACAUACAGAGGGAUUAACAGGAAAGAGAAAUGUGACACGUGUAUCCUUGGACAGAAUGGCAAAUCCUGGAGUUUGAGAUGUUCUGAUUCUGGCUUCUCUGCCCAACAUAAUAAGAAGGAAACUAAAAUCACUGCACAUCCUUGCCACAGAAUAGGAGUGUAUCUUGACUGUCCAGCUGGCUCUUUGUCCUUUUAUAGUGUCUCGGACACAAUGACCCACCUGUACAGCUUUAGAAGCACUUUCAAGGAGCCCCUAUAUCCUGGUUUCUGGGUUUAUUCCCAUAAAUCAAGUAUCACAAUCUGCCAGUUAAAGUAGAGUUCCCUGAGGUGAAUAUUGAUCAACACCAUGAUUGAGAAUAUUGUAAUAUGUCCCACAAGAACAACAAUUAUAUGACACUAUAGAGUGAAAAGCUUUGCUAUGGUGUGGCAAGCAAUAUUUACAAAAUUACCCAUUAAAACAUUUAUUGAAAAAUAUAUACAUACAUAUAUCAAUAUACUGUAUUUUCAAACAUUCUUAAUUCAUUUCAGGGAAGAUAAACCUAUUUUGGCAGCAUUGGGUGCAAGGCAGGAAACAAUACUGGAUGAGGCACCAGAAGUUAAUAAACAUAAACCUACUUAAUCCAAUUCAAGAAGGGGUGGUGGGGGGCGUUGUAUUACAGCAGCACUGUUCAGGUCAGGUCAGGUUGGGGAGCAUGCACUGGUACAGUAUGUUGCCACACUCACCACACAACGAAACAGCUUGGGAUCCUGGUUGGCAAACCCCCCAGGCAGACACACGGUCUAGUUCCACCCUCCAGAAAUGACCUUCUAUCUGCCGCAGCCAGGAGUUAUGUGAGCGUCCCCUUGGCCUGAUCCAACUGUUCAGGUCCUCAACAAUGAGAGUCAUCCUCAGGGAAUUGCACCACAUGGCCACAGUGCCAUAACUGACAGCCCCUCACAAUGCAGGUAAUGUGCCUCAUUCGGGACUCCAUGAGCAACACAAAGUCAGGCCAGCGGUACCCAAGGAUUCUCUGAAGACACACAGUACCGAAGGAGUCCAGGCUUCAUCUCAGGUCAAUGGAUAGCAUACAUGUCUCUCAACCAUAUAGCAAGACAGGAAGCACCAGAACUCUAAAGAAUAGGACCUUUGCCCUUUCCAGCGACCUUAUGACUCCCCCCCAUGCUCUCAAUGAUGACUCGUCGUAUGAAGUCAGCACUGUUCACAAGGUGGGGAAAUAACCUGGACGGAAUGUCAGACCUUUGCAUGUUCAAACUCACUGGAGUCACCAGUUAAUGUCACCUCAAAGUCUUUGGAAAUGUGUGAACAAAACCAGGGAGAACUCCAGAUUGGUACAGGAUUUGAAACAAUCCUGCCUAACAUUUAAUAUAAUAAUGCUAAAAGAAUGUUUUUACUUAACUCUUUGAAGGCUGAAUAUAUUUUCCAAAAAACACAGUUUUCUGAAAAGCACACAAAGCAAUGGUUUCAUACAUAAAUCAACAUAAAUGUCUGUUGUUGUGUGCUGUGGCUGCUGACAGCAGCGUCUAGUAAUGGGGGUGACUUGAUGGCCAACAGGAAUAUGUGGUGGGCCGGCUGCUUGGUUGUUGCAGCACGACG